AUGCGUCUAUUCGGCAUCACUCUGGUUUCAGCCGCUCUGGCUGCUGCCCAGAGCAGUACAUCCACUGACACCUCGGAACCGUGUGCUCGCGCUAGCCGGCUCGCCCAGGAGAGUCAAGUCAUCCCAGCCCAGACCGCCUAUGAGUGCUUGAAAUCUGUGCCAGUGGCUGUAGAGCAAGAUAAGACACUCAUUGACCAGCUCAAAGGCCUGUGGGAGUGGCAUUCGGAGACUGGCUAUCUGAAGAACGCCCCCGACACAUGGGAACUGGGCUCCAUCGACCUGCUUGGGGAAUUGGACAAGAUCAAAGAGAACCUUUCCUCCUACGACAGUGAAUAUGACGUGCAGCUCGCGAUCAACAAGUUGACCCUGAAGACAGGGAACUUUCAUUUCAACUACGUGCCCGAUAUCCUCCAGGUCUUCUAUUUUGGACGUGUGAUCCCCGUGACCACCGUCUCAGAGGACGGAACCAGUGUGCCAGAGACCUAUGCUGUCGCAGAUCUUGUGCAGAAGGACUCCGACGCUCGCAUUAAAAUCUCGCCAAUCACGAAGAUCAAUGGUGAAGAUGCGCAAACAUAUCUGAACAAGAUCGCCGCCCAGGAGCAGUACAUCGACCCUGAUGCCCGGUUCAACAGCCUCAUGUGGAGGGGCAGAGCCUCCGCCUCGGCGGGCAGUUUUGUUAACACUGGUCUGGGCUUUUAUGAAGGAGCGACGACGAAUAUCACUUUUAAAAACGAGACCACUCGUGUCGUCAGGAACUUCGCUGAGGUACGGCAAAACCUGACGGCAGUAACCAGCGGAAAGUCGUUCUUUGAAGAACUCUGCACCGGCAGCUUUGCUAGCGUCGAGGCAGUGGCCGCCGCGUCCAUGAAAACAACAACGCCUUACAAGGGAACUCCUCACCACUGGAAAAGGCAAAGCAUCCCUAGCGACGGCUACCCUAGACCAAUUGUUGAACACAGCAGCGGUAUGGUCGCUGGCUAUUUUAUGAACGGAUCUGAUUUCGAAGACGUCGCUGUCCUCAAGAUUAUUACCUUUGACACUUCUUCGGCUGAUAGGAGUGAUGCUGCUACCGAGUUCCAGGACGUUGUGAAGCAGUUUUUGGGCAACUGCACAGAUGCGGGCAAGAAGAAGCUCGUUAUUGACCUCCGAGAGAACGGUGGAGGUGACACCGAUCUUCUCCUCGAUACCUUCAUGCAGCUUUUCCCCGGUGAAGUGCCGUUUAGUGCUCAGAGAUAUCGUGCGCAGGAGCAAUACAAGCUCAUUGGCGAAGCUGUCAAUUCGGUUUAUGAGGAUCAGUCUGUACAGAGGCUGAUCACGCAAGCUACUGGCGAAAGAUUUGCCAAUAUUGGCCUCGUCAGGUAUUGGGCCUACUGGAACUUUGUCGAUGUUAACGGUGAUAACUUCAAAUCAUGGGAUGCGUUCUACGGUCCUCACAAGUAUAAUGGUGAUGAGUUCACAACUAUCAUGAGGUACAACAUGUCCAAUAGCAACCCAGUCAGCAUCCGGGAUCAGUCAGGCUUCAAAUUCCUGAACCCUCCCGCCGGAGACCCUCCGUUUGCGGCGGAAAACAUCGUCAUGUUCUCUGACGGUCUUUGUGGAUCUUCCUGCGCUUCAUUCCAUGAGGAGCUGAAGAACAUUGCAGGCGUCAAAGCCAUUGCCGUUGGUGGUCGUCCCCAGGAGGGUGCCAUGCAGACAAUUGGAGGCUCCAAGGGUGGAGAGGUUAUCCCACUGAACACCAUCCCCAUGUCCCUCCAGACAAUGAUGAACCUCACCGCACCCUUGGGCAUUAAAGCCCUGGACGACGACUCUCUUACAAAGCUUGCCAACCCCGACGUGCUUCUCACUCGCGCGGGUGACUACAGCAGUCGCAUUCAGGUUCAAGACCAGAUUCGCAAGGGUGAUGAGUCAGGAACCCCCCUUCAGUACAUCUAUGAAGACGCCGACUGCCGUAUCUUCUACACCACCAAGAUGCUGCUCGAACCUGAAACGGCAUGGGAAGCUGCAUGGUCAGCAUACACAGAUGACAGCAAGUGUGUCAAGGACUCCACCAAGAAAUCGUCCAGCAUUGGCGGUGGGUAUAAGCCGUUUGGUCCUGGUGAUCUCAACGGCAAGCAGUCAGAGAACAGCACCUCCUCGUCGGACAAGGAUGAGGAGAAUGCUGCCCCUGCAUGGAAACCUAGUCUUGCUCUCUGUGCCGCGGCUACAGUCAUCAGCCUCCUUCUUUAA